GCGCCAUUGCUCUCAAGCGGGAGGAGACAGACCGCCACGCCUGUAGGCGGACCAGCACAGUCGUAGCUUGUAUCGCAAAGCAGACAUCGGAUGCAGACAACAACAGUGACAGAUCAAGACCGCAUUUCUGUUUGUAACUAACUAUGGGUGUAGUCUGAAAAGUGGAUACAGUAGCGCACCGCAAUAUACCUCCAAGUUUUAUCCUCAUGAAGGAGCUCCGUCCUGGCUGAGUUUGGGAGAUGGGAGUACAUAACAUUGCAGACCAGCCUCCUCUGGUACAGGCCAUCUUCAAUCGUAAUGCUGAAGAAGUUCAACUAUUAUUGCACAAACAGGAGGAUGUCAAUGCACUGGACCAAGAGCGCCGCACACCACUUCAUGCUGCUGCCUGUGUGGGUGACGUCCAUAUAUUGGACCUCCUCAUUGAAUCAGGUGCCACUGUAAAUGCUAAAGACCAUGUAUGGUUGACACCGUUGCACCGGGCAGCUGCUUCCAGGAAUGAGAGGGCAGUGGGUCUGCUGCUGAGGCGCGGAGCAGAGGCAAAUGCGCGAGACAAGUUCUGGCAGACACCGCUGCAUGUGGCUACUGCCAACCGGGCCACUCGCUGCGCAGAGGCCCUGCUGACCCAGCUGAGCAACCUGAACAUGGCAGAUCGCACUGGCAGAACGGCCUUGCACCACGCAGCUCAGAGCGGGUUCCAGGAGAUGGUGAAGCUGCUGCUGAACAAAGGGGCCAACCUGAGUGCCAUCGAUAAGAAGGAAAGACAGCCCAUCCACUGUGCUGCUUACUUGGGGCAUUCAGAGAUUGUGAAGUUGCUGGUUUCCCGUAGUGCCGACAAGAGCUGCAAGGAUAAGCAGGGAUACACACCUCUCCAUGCUGCAGCUGCAAGUGGUCACCUUGAAAUUGUAAAGUACCUACUGAGGAUGGGGACAGAGAUUGAUGAGCCCAAUUGCUUCGGAAACACUGCGCUUCAUGUGGCUUGCUACACGGGACAGGAGGCCGUGGCUACUGAGCUGGUGAACCAUGGAGCUAAUGUUAAUCAGCCAAACAAGUGCGGCUUCACCCCUCUGCACCUGGCUGCGGUCUCCACCAACGGUGCCCUUUGUCUGGAGUUGCUGGUCAACAACGGGGCAGAUGUCAACCAGCAGAGCAAAGAAGGGAAGAGCCCCCUGCACAUGGCAGCCAUUCAUGGACGCUUCACACGCUCUCAGAUCCUCAUCCAAAACGGUGGGGAAAUUGAUUGUGUGGAUAAGUAUGGCAAUACUCCUCUCCACGUUGCUGCUAAGUACGGCCACGAACUGCUGAUCAGCACUCUCAUGACCAACGGAGCAGACACGGCCAGGCGUGGAAUCAGUGGAAUGUUUCCCUUGCACUUAGCGGUGCUGUACGGGUUUUCAGACUGUUGUCGCAAGUUACUCUCCUCAGGUCAGCUGUACAGUAUAGUUUCAUCCAUGAGUAAGGAGCAUGUACUUUCCGCCGGGUUUGACAUAAACACCCCUGACAACUUCGGAAGGACCUGUCUACACGCUGCUGCCUCCGGAGGAAAUGUUGAAUGUCUGAACUUGCUCUUGAGUAGCGGUACCGACUUGAAUAAGAGGGACAUAAUGGGAAGGACCCCGUUGCACUAUGCGGCUGCUAAUGGGAGGUACCAGUGCACUGUGACCCUGGUGAGCGCCGGCGCUGAGGUCAACGAACCUGACCAGACUGGCUGUACUCCCCUGCACUACUCUGCCGCCUCCCAAGCCUUCAGCAGAGUUGAUCGUCAUUUUUCUGGGAACCAUCAGAAUGACGAGGAUGAGGCGAAGGAGUCGUACUUCUGCUUGGAGCAUCUUUUGGACAACGGUGCCGAUCCAUCAAUGGUCAACUCGAAGGGUUACAGUGCUGUUCACUAUGCAGCUUACCAUGGCAACAAACAGAACCUGGAGCUGCUCCUGGAGAUGUCCUUUAAUGCACUAGGAGACAUAGAGAGCAGUAUUCCAGUCAGUCCUCUGCAUCUUGCUGCUGAUAAGGGCCACUGGCAGGCGCUGCGCGUGCUGACAGAGACUGCAGCCUAUGUGGACAUGCAGGACGCCGCGGGGCGUUCUGUGCUCUACUUGGCUGCACAGAAAGGCUACGCCCGCUGCGUGGAGGUACUCUUGGCUCAGGGAGCCUCCUGUCUCCUCAAUGACAACCGCCUCAUGUGGACUCCGAUUCAUGUUGCAGCCUCCAACGGUCACUCAGACUGCCUGCGCAUGAUGAUUGAUUACGGGGAGGAAGGAGAUCUCACCAAUGUUGCAGACAAAUUUGGCCAGACCCCUUUGAUGCUGGCUGUUCUGGGAGGUCACACUGACUGUGUCCACUACCUGUUGGAGAAGGAUGCCUUGCCAGAUGCCAAGGACAAGAGGGGUAGCACAUCUUUGCACAGAGGGGCGGUGUUGGGCCACGAUGACUGUGUGACAGCCCUGCUGGAGCACAAGGCGUCCGCACUGUGUCGGGACGUUCAGGGUAGGACACCGUUGCACUACGCCGCAUCCAGAGGCCAUACGGAGAUCCUGGCCAGUAUGGUGCAGGCCGCCAUGGCAACAGACCACCAAGACAAACUGCUGGACAACAAACAAUACACCCCGUUACACUGGGCUGCUUACAAAGGGCAUGAAGACUGUUUGGAGGUUUUACUUGAAUUUAAAACAUUUAUCCAUGAAGAGGGAAAUCCUUUCACGCCCCUGCACUGUGCUCUGAUGAAUGGACACAGCGGUGCUGCAGAGAGGCUGCUGGAGUCUGCCGGAGUCCACAUGAUUAACACCAGAGAUGCCAAAGGAAGGACCCCACUGCACGCCGCUGCAUUUGCGGAGGACGUGGCGGGACUUCAGCUGGUGCUCCGCCACGGUACCGAGAUCAACGCAGUGGACAACAGUGGAUGCUCCGCUCUAAUGGUAGCUGCCGACAAGGGACACAGUGGCACCGUGGCCAUCCUCCUUCACCGGGCCAAGGCCGACCUGACACUGCUGGAUGAGAACAACAAUACUGCCCUGCACCUGGCCUGCAGCAAGGCCCACGAGAUGUGUGCCCUGCUGAUUCUGGGGGAAAUCCACAGUCCAACACUCAUAAAUGCCACCAACAGCGCUCUGCAAAUGCCCCUCCAUCUUGCAGCACGUAACGGCCUGGCUACGGUGGUGCAGGCACUGCUGAGCAGAGGAGCCACUGUGCUGGCUGUGGAUGAGGAAGGCCAUACCCCGGCCCUGGCCUGCGCUCCCAACAAGGACGUGGCUGACUGCCUGGCUCUGAUCCUCUCUACCAUGAAGCCUUUCCCCCAGCGGGACCCUUCCUCCAGCUCCUGCCCUUCUCCCACCGUCUCCCCCUCCACGGGUCUCAACUUGCUGAAGCACUGCGGCAUCACCGCCGCCUGCGCCCCCUUGCCGAGCAACGGCCUCCACAACGGCUACGUCAAAGACCGGCACGGCGCGCCGGUUGGGCUGGACGGGUGUCUGUCUGAGUGAGGUCAUCGUGGCCCCCCUCAGUCAGCUGCUAUCACCAUCAUCACCACCGGGGGGGGGGGGCUCCCUUUAACAUGGCCCAGAGGACCAGGAGAGCACCCACCCACAUGUCUGUUCUGUGUAUGUGUGUGAGUGUGUCCGUGCGUGUGAGUGUUUGUUCUUCUCUUGAGGUGCAGUCAAACCUAAUAUGCAAUUAGAUUCCUCCAUCUCCCGGUAGUGCUUGAUAUGUAGAGGCCGAUUGUUCUACAAGGUCACUCGGAUGAAGUGUGGCAUCCAAAAUAAACACUAGCAAUCUGGCCAUCUCUAAACCAUUUAACCCUUUAAAGCCAUGCCGACAUAAUUAUACAACCGACAUCUAAGAGCAUGGAGAUCUCUGCAUCCUCACCUGUCUUUCUCUUCAUAUCACUCGAUAUAUAAGUCAUAUCAUGUUUAGUUGUGGUGACCUUGUAGAGGAACAUACAGCCUUCCCAAAAUAAUGAUCAAAGAGUUUGUUUAUUUGUUCUUUUAAAUUCUAUUUUCUUUUUUUUUUCUUUUUAAUUGUCCGUUAACCUAGAAUUUUUAUGAAGGAACCACACAAGGGAAAAAUAGAAAACUUUGAUUAAGAGUGCAAUGCUUGUGUACUACAGUACAAUCCGAAAUUAGGAAAAAGGUCAUAAAGAUGUUAUUUCCAUAGUGUACUUUAAAUGUACGGCCUAGAAUUGUUUGGCAUUUUAAACUAAUUUGGUAAUGCUGCUGAGCACGUUAGCACGUCUCCUUCCAAAGGAGAGCAAUGGUCGGGUCAGCGUCGCAACAUUGAUUUGUUCUCGAUGCUGACGUCGUGUUUUUAAAGAUGCUAAAUAAGUGUUUGUUAAGCUAGACCGUUUCGAAGCAUAUAACUUAUGACCAAAGUUGAUCAACACUAUUAUGGCUAUAAAUUAUUUAUUUGAGAUGAACUGUACUGUAUAGAGAAAGACAAUAGAUCUUGAUAUACCUCGUCAACUCGUUUAGCAGCUCCUUCAUCUUCACCCAGGCUCCGUUGGCCUCUGGUUCUCUCUUUGGAGAACUAUUGUAGGAUAGGGACUGACUGAGGCCUUGUUUAGUUCUAGAUGAAGGCUUUCCUAGUAAUAUCUGCCAACAACACCUCAUCAAAGCUUCAUAUAUCUGAGCACAUAAAUGAACAAGCCAUUUCAAUUUAUUUCCCAUCUAUUUAACAGUGUUUUUUUUUGGGAAAGAUUUCCAAAUUCAGAAGGCCUAAUUAUUGAAAGGGAGCGAUCAGUUUGGGUUUUUAGGCACUCGUGACGCUUUUUUUUUUUUUUUUGUUUUGUUUUUGUAGGUUGAAGCGGCCAUCAGCUUUGUGGUUUUAACAAACUCACUAAAGGAGUAUUUCUUGGAGCUGGUGAACUUAAACAUCCAUUAGCUCGUAUCUCCACGUCUCGGUGGUCAUCUCCGAUCCAUUUGAACAGCUAAAGAGUAAUGUCUGCUAUUUUUAUUGGGCAGUUUUCAAGCAAUAUUUUCUUUUGGCCUUUUUUGGUUUAACGUUUUUGAAUAGACAAUCACUGUCACAAGGGCUUUUAUUUCCCUGGAAUGUGUUUUUUGAUUAUUGUUUUCGUUCCUUAUUAUUUCAUGGAAAAUUACCUAAAGACUAAACGAAUGGCUCUGUGUGUGCCGGGGCAUUUUACUGUCAGUGUCAACACAAAUGCACUGGAUUGCCUUUACGGCGUCUCAUGAAAUGCCUUUUUGACCCAUGCCUUCUGUAACACAUCAUUUCAGUUGGAUCGCAUAAUGGCAGAAUAAGAUGAGCCCUUAGAGCGACUAUCUUUGCGCCCAUUUGAGAGCAACAGCAUUGAACCACAGUUGCACUCAUAGUCUCUUUCGGAGGGGGAAUUGCCCGGCGUAUGUUCAUAUGUCCCCGGGAUUAUCAAGUGACCAUGAAGUUGAUAUCCCUGAUGAAGGCAGAUGGGGCUUGGAGGGAAAUGGAGAGGGAUCUUUGCUUAGGCCAAUACCUGUUGUUUAGAUUUCAGGAAUAGCAGAAAUCCAAAUAUGUGCUUUUUUUUUGGUGUUCGUGUUAUUGUCUCCUUCCAUUUCUGGUACUAAAGAUGAUUGUAUCGGACCACUAGAGCUGUUUGUGACUUUUAGAUGUUCUAUCUAAUGCUACUUUGUCGGUUCUUAUUUUAUGUUGGGUUUUAUAGACCAUCUGCUGGUGGUUAAAUUACACUGCGUUGGAUUGUUGUCAUCGGUGUGAUUACGUCAUAUCCGCUGGUAAUGAAGUGGCACAAUUGCACACAUUAGUGGACUGGCUGAGCGAUGUGAACCUAGACUGGUAGAUGUCGUUAAAUACCCCUGCAAAAAAUCUUGAAUUUGACAUAAUUUACAAAAAAUGGCAAAUGUUUCAGUACAUUUAUUUGUCAGUGUCAUACUUUCAUAGUUUGCAUUUCAAUUGACCUCCAUAACUGACUGACAUGAAAUGGAGUGUCUGUAACUGGUGAUCCCCGGCCUUUGUUCUCUCGAAUUUCAUGAGAAAACUACAUUAUUAUUAUGAACAUUCGGGAUAGGUACAAAAGGGUUUGUAAUCUCAGGAUCUGUGCUGAAAUAGCAGCAGGCAGAAUUUGUUAAUCCAAUCAGAUCUCAGCAGGAUGGUUACGUCUACAUUUUUUUUUUUCUUCUUUUGAUGGGAUGUUCCAUAAUUUAAUUCCUUUUUAACCGUAAUCCCACAGCACUUAAUUAGAUAGUCAAGAACGCACUUUAGUACAUUCAGGUUCAAAGUGUGCAAAAUAGAGCAGAUGUAAUGUAUGUACUUAUGUUUACAUGCAUGUGUGUUGCUGCUGAAUACAGGAAGGUAGGGUUCCAACAGACAAGCAAAGGCUGUAACAAAAUUGUACUCUAAUAAUGCAUUAUUUAUAAAAGGAAAAAAAAGUGUCUCCAAGUACUUCGGGGUAUGGCCCGCUGACUUUAUUAUUGUGUUUUAUGGCUGGACAACCAGCCCCAAAAGAAGUGACAAGGUUUCCUCACCCAGCCUACUGUUAGCCACACAGACUGUGGCCUCCGUUGCUUAAAGUCAGUCGAGUGGCUCAACCGACUCCUCAGGCAGGCUCCUCAAACCCGCUACCACAUCGCUAGGUGCUCUCAGACCCUUGUUUGGUUUUAUUCCUUCUCCUCUUGUGAGUUUACCAGUAAACAGAGCCCCUACAACUGUACAAGUUGUAACUGAAUCCCUUUGUUGUAUUGCAGUAUUCUUAUACAGGCUUUUUUCUUUUCGCGUACUAGUGAUGUUUGAGUAAUCGUGCAUGGAGCUAGAUCACAAUUUUUAUAUCGUAACAAUUCUAAGCGAGUGGAGUAUACAAUAUAUCUGGUGUCAGAAACGGCGAAGCAAUGAAAAGUCCAAUUGUAGCAAUAGAGAGAGUGUGUGUGUGUGAGAGAGAUUGUGUGCAGCACAAACAUUGCACUGCCGUCCGUGUAGGCCAAGUCAUUAAAUCAUCGCAUAAAUGCCAAUGGAAGAUUCAAAUGCUGAGAAGGUUGGAUGUUAUAAUCUUCACUAAUAAGGCCUAAUUGCCAAAAAUGUGUCGAGAGGAGAGAACCUCUUUAGAAAAGCAGCAAUGGGUUUAUGCAUACGUUCCAGCAGUUUACAGUCUGACCAUCAAAUCUGAGCCAUUACCUUUUUCUAACUAAAUGAAUGUCGGGUCAGUUUAGAGAAGGAUAAUUAGCUUUCUCCCGACUUUAAACUGUUGCUCUUCAUUUGUCUUGUGUAGAUAUGACUAUACAGGUAGCAUGUAAUAACUGAAUUCUCUACAAAUGAUACAGUAUGUAGAGUCGUCUUCCUGCAUUGAUGGUCUGGAUAGUUUUUCUUUUUGUGGCAUUGUUGGAGAAUAGGCCUGCUGUUGUAUAAAAUCUCUCUGUCUCCAUACAUAUAUAUAUUUGUGUGGAGUGUAGCCUACAAGGUAAACUGAAGACAAGAGUUUAGAUGAAUUUAACAUUCACGUUCAUCCAUUCCAUUGAGAUUGCCUUACAGUAAAACGGGGGGGAGGUCGACAGUAGAUAUGAUCACACAUACUUGUUAAUAGCCUAUAUUUGACAAAAAUGCACCUAAGCUACACCCAUUUAGUGCCAUAGAAACCUUUAUUUGCCUUUA